AUGUUCAUUCGGUGCGCGAUGAAGACCCUGGGUGCUGCUGCUGUCCUCUCCCUAGCCGCCCUUGCUGAGGCGCACGUCGACCAGGAUGCGGCUCGCCGACACGAAGCUCUUGCUGCCCGUCAAAACGUCCCUGAUGCUGAAGAAAGCUUCUCCUUCAGUCUCCGAGCCACCAAUCCCACCGCUGUCCCACUCACGGGGAUUCAGGUCACCGUCGUCAGCCGUGCGACUCAGCCUCUGCCUUCGACUGCCGUUCCCGGAUCGACGCCCACUGUUGUGUCGGGGGCACCGAAGCUUCCUGAUAUCUCCAAGUGGGAUAUCUCAAAUUACCCACCCGAGAACGCGAUCCCUCCUGUGGACUCGCCCGAGGUGAAGCAGUGGAUUGAAGAGGUGAAGAACUCGGGUAUCGCCAUCCCCUCUUUGGAACGUACUAACCCCGGUGGCUGCGAGGCUGUGGCCAACGCCGCGUUCAAAGCAGACGCUGCCAACCGGUGCUGGUGGACCUGCGGUGGGUGCACCGGACCCGACGACAUCACCGACUGCGUCGACAAGGACCACUGGGGCCUCACCUUCGACGAUGGGCCCGGCCACCACACAGCGGAACUGCUCCAAUACCUCGACGAACAAAAGCUCAAGGCGACUUUCUUUGUCGUCGGUUCGCGUGUGCUCUAUACACCUGAUAUCCUGCAAGCGCAGUAUGAUGGUGGACACCAGAUUGCGAUCCAUGGAUGGAGUCAUAAGGAGAUGACGACUUUGUCGGAUGAGGAGAUUAUUGCUGAGCUUGGGUGGUCCAAAAAGAUCAUUCGGGAUGCGAUUGGUGUUACGCCUAAUAUGUGGCGGCCGCCUUAUGGUGAUAUCGACGAUCGCGUUCGAGCCCUUUCUUUGGCUAUGGGUCUCGUUCCAGUGAUGUGGACGCGUACGGCUGACAGUGUCGUCUUCAACACUGAAGGGCUAAACCAUGACCUUCACCCCACCGCAGAUUUCAACAUCAACAGCGGAACUUCAGUCCAAAAGGUCCUCCACAACUGGCAGACCAUCCUCCAAACCGAGUCGUCGCUCAACCACGGAUUCAUCGUCCUCCAGCACGACCUGUGGCAACAAGGCGUCGACGUGGCCACUGGCUACAUCCUACCCGACGGGCUGGCGCAUCAGCCCAAGCUCACCAUUGAGCCUGUGGUCACUUGCUUGAAUAUGCCGAAUGCCAAUGCGUAUAUUGAGACGAAUGAUAACAAGACCAAUGCUCCGAAGGCGAAAUUGCCGUCGGGUGCUGCUGGUAAGCUGAAUGGGCUUGGUAUGGUCGGUGGUGCGGUCGGCGUUGUUCUCGGAGCCGUAGGGUUGGCUGCUGGUCUCAUUCUGUGA